GUUGGCUUUGUCACAAUUCAGGCUGUCUGUCAAAGUGCGGCUGAUAGGGCGCCAAACUAAAGCAAAUCAUUCAACGUAAAAACCUCGUAACGUGCACAUCACAAAAACUCUUUCAACUUGUAUUCUCAUGCAAAGAUCUUUCAAUUACUGCCGAAAAUAAAAGACCCCAAGACGAACUAUGGAGAAGCUAUUUGUUAACAUUUUGAUAUUGAUUUCUUAUGGAUGGCUGUUGGGGUCAUGCCAGGCAAUGCUCAUCAGAGAUGGCGAUGGGCUCCUCAAUGCCACAGAUGCAAACGGCAUCAACAACAACAACUACAAUUACAACAAUGAAUCGGUAAUGCCUGUUUUGGCCACAGCCUUGGGCACUGCAGCCAUGUCCGAUAAGCAACAAGUUAAAAAUGCGAGCGAAGCUGCCGCAGCAACUGCUGCCGAGAUAGCAGCAACAACUAUUGCCGACAAGGAUAAGGACAAGGACAGGGAGCUGGAGCCAUCGAGUGAUUUGCCUGCUCAUUUACAUCGCAAUAAGCGUCGCAUGUCUGCCGUAGAGGCCUUGCAUCAUGGCCGACGUCACUAUCCACCAGCAGCUGCUGCACUACCAUCUGAAGCAGCAGCCGUACCACCUUAUGUCUAUUAUAAUAAGAUGAUAUCGCCGGAUGGCAAGCAGGAGCUGAAGGAAUUUCAAUUGCUGUCACCGAAUAUGGUCAUUGAGAGCGUGCAGCAUGAUAUGAAUUAUGGGCCAGCUGCCGAUCUGGGCGGCGGCGUUUUGCUGCUGAAUUCCGAUAACAAUUUGAACGGGCAUAUUCGUGCUUUGGCACCCAAGCCACCCAGGCAUCAUCACAAACACAAAUCAUCGCUGGCCCUGCCGCCCUUUCUGUUCCUGCUGCAGCAGAUGCUGCAGCCGAACCUGAACAUCGAAAUGGAGCCCACACUGCCGCAGCCACAGCCUCGCAGCCGCUUGGAGACGCCUCUCUAUCAGUUCCUUGACAGUGCCGUGGACAAUGCUUUGCGCAAUAAUCAUGAGGUCUAUGAGCACUUCAUAAGCGAUCACGAUAAUGAGCUCAACGAGAAGGACAAGGACAAAGAGAAGGACAAGGAUAUGGAGAAGGAUAAACUGAAGGACGCCAUUGACAUGCUGCCCAUGCAAAAGGCAGCCGAGAAGGCCAAGCCCAAGGAGGACGAACUGCUUGUUAGCUGUCCCAUACAUCAUGAGCAUCGUACCAACAUCAAUGGCGAUAUGGUCAACGAUGAUGUUGUCCUGGUCAACGAGUGUCACAUUGUCUAGGCAUCAGCAUAAUUAGUCUUGUCUCAGUGUCUAUUCGCAGCCUCAUCAUCCACAGUAGGAACCGAUAGUCUAGGUUAGCUUGAGUUGGUUAGUCUUUAGCUGAGUUAGCUUUAUUUUUGGCCUACUCCAGAUGUAACAAAAUUUUAGUUAGGUUUCAGUUUAGUUAAGCUUGUGGAGUAGCAUUCAAUCAACUCUCCACACUGACCAUUCGUGUGUUCUCAAAUUGUUUAGAGUUACUUUUUUUUUGGGUUUAACAAGUUCUACACUUGAUGUCAAAUGAAAAAAAAAAAUAAAUAAAUAAAAAAAAAAUGGGAGUGGUCUUCCAGAAAAACGCUCAAUAUUA